AUCAACACGUCAGCCUACAUCUGUAAUCUAGACGUCUCACGACGAAUUCAUUAUACAGAAAUUAAUCGUAACCUGACUGAUUGGCAUCAUCUGGCAGUCGGUAUUUGAAGCUCGAAGCAAGGAUGUCCCAAGGACUUUUUGAACACAGAGAACUACCCGAGGAGGGCAACCCAACACCAGAAACGGUGACACAAGGGGUUGGAUAUGUCUCGGAGUUCCUAGCCAGCUAUGGAUGGUACGUCAUCCUGGGUAUUUUGGGAUUGCUGUACCUGUACAGUCAGUACAGCUCUCGCCUACAGCAGUGGCAACAGAAGCGAGAGAACAACACCAACCUGUCUCAGUACCGUGCAGGAGACGUCCUGGCCAGACAGGAAGCCCUGGAGAAGGCGAGGCAGCGCAUGCAGGAAGAGCACGAUGCCAUGGUCGCCCAGCAUGCUGAAAAACAGAAACAGAGAGAGGAAGAGAAAAGAAAGGAGCAAAUUGAGGACUGGGAGAGGCACAAGCGAGGGCAGGGCUACCGGUCCAAGAAACUAAACAAGGAAGAUGACCACCCAGCAGGAGCGAGUUCCACUUCGGGGAACCAAGCGAAACUCAAGAAGGCACCACUUAGGCAAGGUUACAACCCUCUCAUGGGAGACACAGGCUCUGCCUUCAGGCCCGCACGGAGCUCCAGGAGUGGUGGCGGGUGAGGUUAAAGGUCGUAUGCAGAAAAGGUAGAUCCUGUGACCAGUGGGCCAAUCCUGAUUGUGGCAGAUUGAUGCCUGGUGUUAAUUUCCAUAUAUUGAGGUACAUUUUGAGUCAAACAAGUUUUCCAGUAAUAUAGGCGAGUUAACACAUUCUGUGCAGAAUGAUUAGAAGUUUCAGAUUUUCUAGGUUAAGAAUUUUUGCCUUGAAAAUUCUGACCGACUUUUAUACUCCCCAGCUUGAUUUUCUUCUUCUUAUUUAAGAUUGACUUUGAGUCCAGACCUAACUUCAUAAAUAUGGAAAAUUUUAUGUUUGACCUACAUGUACAGGUAUAAAUAUUUCAGCCAAUCAGGAUAGCUGUGGUCACAUGACACUCCUCUGCAUACGUGCAACCUUUGUCAUGAGGAAUUUCUUGACUGCUCUCACAAACUGCCAUGUGAAUGCCUUUGCCUAAAGCAGAUGCUUACGUCCAUGUCAGUGGCUUCUCGCCGUAGCACACAAAUGGCCAAAAAACAUAGACAUAGCCACAAAAUACCCAACAAGGCCACUGUGCAGGGCCCAGUCUCACGGAGAUGCCAAGCACAAAAAUCGGCUAAGCAAAGAAAACACGGGGCUCCCUGCCAUCGUGGAGAUCUGGAGAAUGGGUUGCUCUUUUUCAAGGCAGGGAAAAGGCAGGGAAAAGUCAAGGACUUGAUUGGCCCAAAAGAGAAAGUGGUCAUUUUGUGGUCUUUUGUUCUUCUUCAACAACACUGGAGAUAUGUUUGAAAACUCACAAGGCUAAAAUUCAGGGAAGUCGGUUUUCAUGAAAUGCUGAGAACCCUGAACCAGGUUACCAGCCAAAAUGCUGCAUGGUGCAUCCUGGCUUUUGACUGGUUUCCCUGUUGUUUCUUGCUCAGCAUGUACAUUGUACAAUUGAUAUGAAGGCUUGAGAAAUAUUCUCUGAUUGGCACCUCUCUGGCAUCGGGCCCUAGCUCUGAGGUCAAGUACGAUUUGCUUGGCUGCGGUUUGUAAUUACGCACCAGUCAAUGAUAACGUCUUAAGCCACUGUCCUUAGAGUCGUGUGCAAUUAAGAUGUAGCCAAGUAAUUUGGACACAGUCGUAGUUUAUGGAGGUGUCCAGCAAAGAGCACUUCUGCAGAUUGAAAUACAUGCAGGCCACAUUUUGACGAGCAAGCCGACUUUGCUCAAAUUUUUUUCCGUGAUUAGCAGCCCCCGUGAGUUUGGGCCCAGGCUUAAACCCGCUAUCUGCAAAAUCAAUGACAAGGUUAGAGAACACAAAAAUCAUAGUNCU